AGCGCUAAUAACUGUGCGUACUGGUAAGUGACACUGAAUUAAUUGUCUUCUAGGAACUUUCUUUGAAAAGUUGAGACUGUCUUCGACGAUUGGUUGUUAUUGGUGUCGAAAGUUUAACUUUGCCUGAAUAUCUUGUUACUGUCCAAUUGCUGGGUGCCAGAGCGAAUAACGUUUGGGUUUUAGGAAUUUAUGACACCUAGAUUCGCAAAGGGUUUAUGGAGCUGAUUCUAGAUAGGAGUGCUGAUACACUCCUCCCUAUUAUUCAGCGUCUAGUGUUACCAGGCACCACCAUUCACACAGAUGAAUGGGCGGGAUAUAGCCAAUUAUCGCAAUUGGGAUAUAUACAUCAUAGAGUGAACCAUUCGAAUGAUUCCGUCGACCCUGUCACCGGUACUCAUGAUAAUUCCACCGAAGGUUUCUGGGGAAGGCUGAAAAAUAGAAUCCGAGCUAUCAACGGAUCACAAAACGAAGUUAUUUUCAGUCAUUUGGAUGAAUACAUGCAUAGAAAUUGGUUUAAUUUAAAAACUGAAACUCCUCUUAAUAACUGGAACAUUUUUUAACUCAUGUUACAGAAAAGUACCCUGUUUGAUUUUUUUCAUGCUU